AUGCAAGUGGAAGCGGAGAGCGCAUGCAUCGAAGCGGAGUGUCAGGAGGAGAGCAUGAAGAUUUAUGUCAAGUUCAACGGAUCCUUCACGGGACUUAUCUAUUCCUCGGGCUACGCCCACAGUGCUGACUGCGUAUACGUGAGCGGGUCGGGGCGCCCAUCGUACACGUUCAUCAUCCAACACAACCGGUGUGGUACGACCAACGGCGAUCAGAACGUUCCAGACGCCUACACCCGCCAACCUCUGAAGUCGGUGACGCGGAACACUCUGACGGUGCAGUACAAUCCGCUCAUUGAAGAAGUGUGGGACGAGCACUUCAAGGUUACCUGCGAGUACGACUACGAAUUUCGCAAGACGGUCACUUUCCCAUUUAUGGACGUGACAGUGAAGACCGGAGACCUGAGAGAGUUCACUCUGCGGGCCCCAGAGUGCAAGAUGGAGAUCCGUCAAGGCCUGCGAGCAGAUGGGCCGCGUGUCGACGGUCCUGUGCGUGUCGGCGAUCCGCUCACACUGGUCAUCUAUAUGACUUCCCAGCAUGAGAAUUUCGACAUGGUGGUGAGUGAUUGCCACGCGCACAACGGCGGUGACAAGCGCAUUCAACUGAUUGACUCAUUCGGGUGCCCCAUCGAUGAGUCUCUGAUCACCGGGUUUCAGGGGACAAGUGCGGGUGACAGUGCCCACCAAACCAAUGUGUUCGCCUUCAUGAAGACCUUCCGCUUCACAGGUUCCAGAAUGUUGUACCUGCAGUGUGACGUAACCAUGUGUCUCGGCAGGUGUCCGAAAACUGAUCCUUGCCACUGGCGACGCCAUAGAAGACACAUCAAAGGAGAGGGUGAAGGAAAAAUAAAAGGAGAGGAGGUAGAGGAAGAGGAAGAUGAUGGUGAGAAAGAAGGAAAGGAGAGCAAAGUGGACCACAAUGCCUCCACCCCUGCUAACAUGUCAGAGAGCCUCAGAAUGACACUUGAGGUGGUACGGGACGAGCAGGUCUUCCAUGCACGCCGUAAGUCACGUGGUUAGUCAGUUAGUUGAUCUGUUACAGAGUGUCCUCAAG